AUGGGGAUCGGUAUCUUUAUUCCCAGUCGUGAUGGAACAGAUUUGCAAGCUGCGUUCCAACUUAUACCCGAUGAAAUUAUGUCGCCAAGCAGCCGCCAUCGACGCCGGACUAUGCCCGAAACGGAUGUGCAAAUGGAAGAAGCCAACGAGACGUACUCUAUGUUACUCAGUACCGAACUCUUUGGUCCUGAGAGUCAUAUGGCAUCUUCUCCCUCGUCCUAUGGCCAUACGGGCAUACUUUCGCCUCCUCGUGGUGGCGCCUCAACGCCACAAACGAGCUCCCCAUCAGGCACACGUACUUCGCGCGCAGAUUCCCUUCCUGCGUCCAACUCCAAGAAAAACCUGCUGAGCUUCCGGAGUCCGAACUCUGGGUCGACUACGCCGACUCGACGGCGUGAGCGUCCACUCACAGGAGCCCAGCUCGCCUCGGCUGGGCGUCUGCGCGAAGCUACGUCGUGGAUGGGUGACACAGAUUUAUAUGGCUCUCAACUGCAACGAAGUUCCGCGCCCUAUAUAUCACCGACCGCCUCGCCUGGCCAUCUUACGCCCAAUCUGCUCUCGCCACAUGACCAAGUGGACUCGCCGAAUCACAAUGUUUUCAAUACGUCGCCUGUCAAGCCUGAAAGCCAGCGUUUGCUGUUGAAUGCGCGAAAAUCCACGCGCGUGGUCAGCAAAGUGCCAUACAAAGUUCUGGAUGCACCGGAGCUGGCCGAUGACUUUUACUUGAACCUGGUCGACUGGUCGAGUCAGGAUGUCCUCAGUGUUGGUCUCGGCAAGUGUGUGUACCUCUGGUCAGCGACCACCUCGAGUGUGACCAAGCUAUGUGAUUUGCAGGGUGUACAAGACAGUAUUACGGGCCUCAGCUGGGCCGAGCGUGGGCAGUACCUUGCGGUGGGUACGCAGGCCGGAUUGGUCCAAAUAUGGGACGUGGAGAAAGAAAAGUUGCUACGUACGAUGAUGGGGCAUACAGCGCGUGUUGGUGCGUUGGCGUGGAACAACCAUGUUCUCUCGACAGGUUCGCGAGACCGUACGAUCUACCACCGUGAUGUGCGUGUGCCUGAGCACCAUAUCAAGACGCUGCUAGGCCACCGCCAAGAAGUGUGUGGCCUGAAAUGGAAUCCGGCCCGCGACCAACUGGCGUCGGGAGGCAACGACAACAAACUCCUUAUUUGGGAUCGACUUUCUGAUACGCCACUCUACCGAUUUACAGAACAUACGGCUGCCGUCAAGGCCAUCGCUUGGAGUCCGCACCAGCAGGGUCUGCUUGCGUCUGGUGGUGGUACGGCGGAUAUGAAGAUCCGGUUCUGGAAUACCCAAACAGGCACAGCGCUCUCGAUGAUUGAGACGGGCAGCCAGGUAUGCAACUUGGCAUGGAACAAAACAGCGAAUGAGGUGAUUAGUACGCAUGGGUACUCGAGUGGGCAUGUCCACAACCAGAUUCAGCUGUGGCGGUACCCCAGCCUGACACAGGUUGCGACCCUUACGGGGCAUACGAUGCGUGUGCUGUAUUUGGCCAUGAGCCCGUCAGGGAAGUCGAUCGUGACAGGUGCAGGUGACGAGACGCUGCGGUUCUGGGAUCUCGGGACGCCUGCGCGUGAAUCGAUGGACCGUGCCGACGAUCGCAGUUUGCAAGCCUCCUUCAUGAAGCUGCGCUAA